AUGAAGCUCUUCGCAAAGAAGUCGUCCAAGAAGCAAGCCGGCCAGGACGAAGAAGAAUACGAAAGCCCCAGUAGCUACUUUCCUGCCUCUGAGGCCUCUUCUCCCACCAAAUCGCCCACAAAGCCCCGGUCGCCCACCAAGUCACCGACCAAAUCCCCCACCAAAAAAUCCUCCCAGCCCGCAUCCCCAGGCCCUCGGGAGACAAAGUCAUCGCGCACAUCCCGCACCUUCGGCCGCCACCCUACCGACCCGGGUUCACGCAGGAGUAGCAAGAUCGACUACGACACCCAUCCCCUCAAUCUCGCCCCCGAAGAGCGUGCAAAGAGAUUGUCUGCCCUUUCAGCCAUGAGCGGUCGCAAUUCCCCCGGAGCCAUGGACGUCGACCGUGAGUCGAAUGCCGCUCCCUCCUCCCCCGCUGCAGCACCCCAGCCUUCCGCCCAGGCUUCCUUCUCUGUCCCCAUACCGAAUGGCAUCAAUACCAACGUCAACGGUAAUGGCGACGCUCCUCCCCCUCCCCCUCACAAGUCCAACCCGUCCAGCCCAGUCCCGACGGCUGAGGACGAGGCCGAGGCUUACAAAGCCGCGGGCAACAAGUUCUUCAAGGAGAAAGAUUACAAGAAUGCUAUCAUCCAGUACUCCAAGGCCAUCGAGUUGGUCCCCGAUUCCGCCACCUACUUGAGCAACCGGGCCGCUGCGUAUAUGUCCAACACUCAAUACGAGUACGCCCUCGAGGACUGCACCCGCGCCGCCGACCUGGACCCCGAGAACCCCAAGAUCCUCCUUCGCCUGGCCCGUAUCUACACCAGCCUGGGCCAGCCACAGGAGGCCCUCCUCGUCUUUGGCCGCAUCAACCCUCCUCCUUCUGCCAAGGACCAGGCCCCGGCCAGGGAGAUGCUCAAGCACGUCACCGCCGCUCAAAGUGCUUUGCGUGAUGGUACCGCCGGUUCCAUGGUUCUUCAUGCCCUGGACCAGGCCGAGAGACAGCUCGGUUUUGGUGCCUCCAGGCCUCGUAAGUGGCAACUUAUGCGUGGCGAGGCCUACCUCAAGAUGGGCACUGUCAAUGCCCUCGGAGAGGCACAGAACAUUGCCAUGGGCCUGUUGAGGAGCAACAGCCAGGACCCCGAGGCUCUGGUGCUCCGUGGUCGUGCUCUGUACGCCCAGGGUGAGAACGAUAAGGCCGUCAGCCACUUCCGCAAGGCCAUCAGCUGUGAUCCUGACAUGCGUGACGCUGUCAAGUACCUCAGAAUUGUGCAGAAACUUGACCGUAUGAAGGAAGAGGGUAACCAGGAUUAUAAGAUGGGCCGAUGGCAGUCCGCCAUUGAGAAGUACACCGCUGCUCUGGAUGUUGACCGUGCCAACCGCGGCACCAACUCCAAGAUCCUGCAGAACAGAGCGCUUUGCAAGAUCAAGCUCAAGCAAUACGACGACGCCAUCGCUGACUGCGAGCGUGCCAUCAGCCUCGACUCGACAUAUCUCAAGGCUCGUAAGACCAAGGCUAACGCUCUCGGCCAGGCCGGUAAGUGGGAGGAUGCCGUGCGAGAGUGGAAGUCGAUCCAGGAGCUCGACCCCGAGGACCGCACCAUCGCCAAGGAAGUCCGUAAGGCCGAGCUCGAGCUGAAGAAGAGCCAGCGCAAGGACUACUACAAGAUCCUCGGUGUUGAGAAGGAUGCGGAUGACAACCAGAUCAAGAAGGCCUACCGCAAGUUGGCCAUCAUUCACCACCCCGACAAGAAUCCCAACGACGAGCAGGCUGCCGAGCGUUUCAAGGAUAUUGGUGAAGCCUACGAGACCUUGAGCGACUCUCAGAAGCGCGCCCGUUAUGACAGCGGCGAGGACCUUAUCGACCCGUCUGACAUGUUCAGCGGUGGUGGUAUGGGAGGUGGUAUGGGUGGCAUGCAUGGUGGCAUCGACCCUGAGAUCCUGUUCAACAUGAUGGGAGGUGGUGGAGGAUUCGGCGGUGGUGGCGGCUUUAACGGAGGCGGCUUCCCUGGCGGCGGUGGCGCACACUUCUCGUUCGCCGAUGGCUCUGGCCCCCGUGGCGGCGGCGCCGGCGGCGGCUUUGGCGGACGCGGCUUCAACUUCUCGACCUGA